GUGUCAAUAUUUAUACAAUAGUAACCAUAUAUUUUUAUGAGUAUAUCCCUAAUAUUCAGCCCUAUAUAAAACCUUGCCUAAAACAGAAGUACACCUAAAGCUACUCUCAUACCUCUUAUAGUCAAAGCUCUUUAAUUGAAGAGCUAUAACUUUUUAAACUCUGAUAUAGCACACUUAAAGCUCUAAAGAUCAUAUAGUCAAAGCUCAUUAAAGAGCUAUAACUUUUGAACGUGGAUAUAGCUCUUUAAAGAGCACAGUGCUAGGUCACGAUGACACGUUCCGCUGUGGGAGAGAGUUUAAAGACGGAGAGAGAAAUCCUGCUGAUAUUUGCAUAGGAUCUUCAGUCUCGAUCUUGCAAGCUGGAUUUUAUCUUCAUCAUUGCACUGCAGCAGCUUCCUACAACUCUUGCCCUAUGAGUGUGUCCUGCAACCAAGACGCAUCACCUCCCUUGCCUGCCAUGGCCCCAUCUCUUAACACUGAAGGUGAAGCCGAGACUCGACCGCAGAUGGAAGAGAAGAACAAGAUGGUGUUUGCUGUGGAUGAAACUCCCACGCCAUCUCGCUACAUCCGCCACCAGUAUGGAUGCGAAGACCUUUUUGAGGAAGUCUGCAGCGGCCUCAACCCAUUUGAUGAGCAGUUCCGCAGGGCAUCUCAAGCCAGAAGCCAGCCACAGAUUAACUUAGAGAGCUCGACUCCUCACAUCAUGGCGCUGUCUCCAAGGCUAAGCAACGUUGAUACCAACAGCAGCUGUUUCCACUCUAACCCUCAUUCACAGUCAAGUCGUAACGCUGGCCACGGGAGCAAAAUCCGAAUGCACAGAAGUUCCCCUGGUGUAUGUGAUGAUGACUCCCUUGAUACUCCAAGGAUAAUUCCACCAGCGCCUGCUGAUUCUGACCACACCAUCAGCUCAACGUCCAAGGAUGAUUCAUGCCAUCAACGAUAUCUUCAAGACCGUCAUUAUGAUUAUGAUGAGAACUUGAGCUUGGGUCAUGGCAGUGAGAGAGACAAAGAUUGCGGCUGCAGUCACAACGAUUGCUCGACUUUGCAUCACCAUAGAGAGCAUAGCAACCAUCAUUGUGUAAGCUCAUCACAAUUUGGCCUGUCUCAGAAAUCUUUGCCUUUUCGGUCCAUCUCUGAACUGAGCGCAAGAAUGUCUAAUUCUGACAUAACCACCGUGACAGAUGAUGAGGCGGAGGAAGUUUCUGGCAAAAAACGAAGCUGUCAUGAAGAUGAGGAAGAUGAUGAGAUUUGUGUUGAUGAUAACGGCGCUGAUGUUGUUGAAUUUGACAAACGCGCGACCAAAAGAAGACGAACCGAGAGUCUUGAGGUGCUGAGUGACGGUCCGAUUCUCGUGAGCGAGGAAAACGUUUGCGAUGUCACUGAUGGCCAACACAAAUGUCACGAUUCUUCAGGUCAGGUCAAGUAUUGCAAUGAUGAUCUACAAGUUGUUUCAGACGCUUCUAUGACGGAAUCUGAUGAAGGGUAUUCUUCAGUGAGAUAUCCUCCCUCUUCUCAUCAAGAAUUUGCCCCAAGUUUGAUGGGAUCUUGUGAGACCAACUUUAGUCCUCAAAAUGCUCGAACUAACCGACGCUGCUCUGGUGGCCGCGCGGGCUUCUCAGGUCGCCAGAAGCUGAGCAUCAACGUCACCUCAGCUGCCGAGGCCGGCAUGAGCAGCAGCUCCGUCAUCUCGACUCCAACUCCUGUCAUCACGGCAGGCCCAUCCCUGACGCAGUGCCUGCGCGAUGCCUACCCCUGCUCAGAUGAACGAAUCGUCGAAGAUUCGUUCGUCUCUAACUCAUCACAUCCCUGCAGGACGCAGCCAACAACUGACCAUCGUUUGUCUAAUCUAUCAUCUCAUCCGUCAAGUUCGGCAUCACAACACUCAAGUUUAUCCCCGCAUGAGUCAAGUUUAACUCAGCAACAACUAUCAGGUUUACCCCCGGAUUCCUUACCGCAUGCGCAUCAUCAGGAUUUACCACAUCCACUGCAGCGUUCUGAGGUCGCUGCUUCCGCGGGGGCAGGCAAUUCGUCGACUGUGAUCACGGGCCCCGCUUUGCCACCAGCCUCGCCGUCCGCUACUGUGCUUCAAUUAUUUUUGCGACUCCCUAAUGGACAGGCGAUCCCGGUGGAAAUUCCGGCUACUCCACUUGUCUCCACACAGUCGUCUUCCAUGCCUGCUGCAUACACGCCACCCCAACAAGAACAACUUCAACAGCAUCCACCAAAUAAACCAUCUCUGGCCAAAAUGCGUCUGAAGGCUGCCCUGACCGCGAGCCAGACCGCUGCUCGACCGUCCUCUCGGCCGCCUCCUUCACGUGCUCUAACUGCUCACAGGAUCGCCAGCCUCACUCGGCCUACUUCUAGACAAUCCAAUCUUAAUAAUCCUUCCAUUCAACCCUCCAACAAUCAUCCUCAAGCUUCCAACAAUCAUCCUCAACCCUCCAACAAUCAUCCUCAACUCUCCAACAAUCAUUCUCAAUCCUCCAACAAUCAUCACCAGUCCUCAAAUUGUCCGCAGAUUUUUAAAAGUUCAGGAUUACUCCAGUCUUCCAUUUCCAACGAUCAUGUAACUCACCAAUCUUCCAGCAAUCAUGUGAAUUUGUCUAACGCUUCUUCGUCCCCACAACAAGUUAGUUAUCAAUGUACAGCUGAGUUUACCCAGCCUGUCUCACAGGAGCCUCUUGCUAGUUACCCCUGCAGUGUUUUGACAACAUCUUCUGUGAGUGACUCACUGCACAGCAACGGCUCACUGGACAAAAAUAGCAAUGGACAAAGAGGCAAAAAGCGAAUAGUUGCGCCAGGCGAAGAUGAUGAUGAGGAGAAAAGGAUGAAGUUUCUUGAGAGAAAUCGGGCGGCAGCUGUGAGGUGUCGUGAGAAGAAGAAAGAGUGGGUCAAGAAGCUGGCGAGCAAGAGCACUGAGCUCGCCACCGUCAACACGCGCCUGCAGGCAGAGGUAGCGUCCCUGCGAGCCGAUGUCGCCACGCUCAAAGGGCUUCUCCUGCAGCACAAAACGUGCCCUGUCACCUUGGCCGCGCUAGCAGGCGCUUACACUGAUGCCGCCCCAGCAGCCCCUGAAGGCGCUCCAAUGCCUCACAAUGGAGUGCUAACUGCAGACUCAGAAGAUCAGCAGAAGCCACGUAGUCGUUCGUUGUCCUUACCUUCGCUGCAUCAGAAGCCGCAGCAGCUACAGCCUCCUUCAGCUUUAGUGGCUAAUAAUGUGCCUCAAGUUCUCUCUGUGGUAGCCGCGGGACUGCCUGCGAGUACCGAGGGCAAGGCAGAUCUUACGAGUGCUACGUCGCACAUCCCUGAGACAUCUCAAGCGGUCCCCGCGGAUUUGAGAACAACGAACUGCCUGACGAGACAAAGUGUGCUUACUCUUCCUAUUCCCAUGACUAGCUCCAUUCCCAUCAACGGAAGCGUUGUUUCUGCACCGUCACUUUCUUCCACAACCAAGUUUAUUCCAGUUCCGGCCGUGCACACUUCGCUGGUGCCUGGAGUCAUCAAUCAACAACCACCAACUUUCCUCUCCAUCCACCAACCUGGACCUAUGACUCAAGCACACGCAGUCGUGACGUUUCCUAAUUUCUCUCAGGCCCCGCUUUAUUGUUCCUCGUUACCAACGUUCAUGACUGUGCCCACCACCAUAACCAAUGCUGUUCCCAUCGUAAGUCCUUAUCACCACAUCCAAAGCUCUGCUGAACCUGCGCAGCCUCAACCUCUGGCUAUCGCUCCUGCCCCUCUGAAAAUGACGCCUCGUCUCAGUUCUAGCCGACCAGCAGCCGCUAACAAAGAGCAUUUUACGUUAACGUCGCUGGCAGCUUCACUGCAGUUCGUCCAGUCAUCUCUGACAUCGUCGAGCCGAAUUUUGUCGUUGCCUGGGUCCACUUCUGAGCUCAAUGAACGUGCAACUGUAACUGGAGUACCUGGUUUUACUUCAUCUAAUCUAUCGGUUGGAAAUGGCCCCGCGCUCGUGCUGGACAGCAGUCAGCCGCGCCUGCUACUGCCGUCGUUGUCAGGUCAAGGUUCGUACAUCCAUGGCCCUGUGCUAUCAGCUCAGCACAUUCAGCACACUACGCUCACGCAGCACCUCGCUUUGCCUCUCAACUGCAGCGACGAAGCUCCUACAACGGCCGCAAUCCUCGAGGACAUCGCAGAGAUCGAAGAAUCGAGCUCUAAAAUCCAGUCUGUAGGACCUGCCUCUCAAGAGGCUCCCAACGAGGGCACGGAAACUGUACCGUACUCUAUUCAGUCCGGGGAUGAUGCAAGAGAAAAAUUUCAUGGCUCCAACGUCUUAGUGUCCACUGCGCACGCGGCGGGAACUUCAGAAACUAAUGUUCCACUCGCUGGAAGGCCGCAUAAUUUCCUAUCAAUUCCCACAAUCGUCGUAAGCGACGAAUCUUGUGGCAAAGUUGAUGAUCACAACAUGGACGUCUCCCGAUGCAUGCCUGAGAGCGGUCCUACUGGCACCGGGCCAUAUCAUGCUAUUGCUUCAUCUGUCCAGCCCUCUAACGUUCUAGGCUCUACUACCAGCAAUACAACAACCCUGUACGUAGGGUCAUUAGUUAAAGAUGCCUACCCAAAUUGCCAACAAAAUCAUCAACAAUUGACAGUGGAAGGGAAUACUCAAGUGGUACAGUCAGACAUUUCUAAUGGCCAGUCUGAGAUAGUUUAUGUAUCAAGGGCUAGUGGCAGCGAGACAUUUACCAGGUCUUGAGAGCACUUAUGUUAAUUCGAGUAGAGCCGUACUGUCAAAACUCGCUCAAGUACACGUAGCGGCCGAUAUCUCGUCUGUAAUUGGUGGGUUUACCUGGAAAAAGACGACGGAGUUACAACAAAUUAAUUGACGCAGAUUUACGAACGCGUAACUUUUUCAUGACAUGGAGCCAGGAAUUCAACAGUUGUGAGUGCUUCCAGAUAGUGUAAUAUGUUGUUGCUGUUGUGUUAGCUAACGAGUGUUUUUUUAAGCCUAAGAAGUUAACACAUUCAAAGUUUAUUGUUGUCUAAUACGGGAAUUUUAAAAGCCUGCCUUCUUUGCUUUGCGAGGCUUCUAUGUUGUUUUUGUGACAUUUAUGUGGGAAUAUUAUGUCUCUCUUGACUUUGUUGUGGGACCUGGUACAUGCCUUCCUCAAUUAAUCUUAAAACGUGAUUAUUAACAAGUCUCUUCUAUGGUACUUGUGCUUAGUGUAUUUAUGGAGCUUACUCUUAACUCGCACUUGCCUCACUCACCCAAGACAAAGUUUGUCAAGUGCAUCCGCUUACUUUUAAAGACUCCUGGGCAAAUAUUGCAUCAUUGGGGUUUAUUGCAAGUAAUUGAGGAUCAAAAGUGGAGAGUAAUAAACGCUAUAAGAUAUUUCGUAAAUAUUGGAAGAAUCGCCAGUGAUAUUGAUUUUUCGUAAUUUCUAAAGCUCUUCUACAAUUUUCUAAAGCUCUUCUACAUUUUUUGCAUUAUUAAUAUUGUGAAAUGAACUAAGAGCGAGCGAAUAAACCCAACUCGUUUGAAACAACCUUCUUUUAACCGAGUUAAAAAUCGAAAGGAUUAGCAUUAAAGGUACCUAGUACAUCGAUGCCAUAAAUGUGCAUUACACAAAAACGUCCUGUAUAUAUAAGUAUUCAGGUGCAAUCAAAUUAUUCUAAUGUAUUACAGCGUUACUAUCCCUACUGUGCGUUGUUGGGUGCCUUGUAAUUGAUACUAAACUGAUAUUUUCAUGACAAUUGUUGACUUUAUAAAAUUCUACUUUGAGGAAUAUCGUUCAAUCCUAUCCUAUCAGUUCAUAGAUCCUACCAGUAAAAAGAAAUAUUUACUCGUUAUUUCCUAUCUGUUAAGAAAUUACCCCUGCUGCGAUUUCUGAGCCUUACUUUCUUAAUAUAAAUAAAAAAACUC